UUUUUCAGCUAUCGUAACGCUUUGCGUCGUCUUCAAUGCUAUUCUGUUUUGAGAGCUUUUAAGAUUAAGCAUGCUUCGUUUUUAUCAACGGAACGUCUUUAUUAUGAUUGUGGGAGUUUUCUCAUUUCAACCUUUGAUUUGAAAGUUCCAGUUCUUGGAAUUGAGGAGUUGUACACGUUGGAGCAGAUUAAACAACAUUCUCCUCAUUUCUUUGAUAAUGGCUUUGACUCAUUCAAACUUAAAAUUCUUCCGGUUCAUGAUACUAAGAAAUUGCUCAAUCUGUCUGAUUUUUCUUAUGUCACCAACGAUGCAGAGAAGAUUGAUCGUACAACUCAGCAGUUUUUGGAUAUUGCAACAUCUCAGGACGUCUUUGAUGAUCCGUAAGUUUCGAUUAUAUAAUUAUGAUUUUAUAACAAAUAUGUUUUCCAACAAAAAACAUAAUAAGAAUUGCUUAUAA